AUGUCGCAGCCCAAGACCCUCUACGACAAGGUCUACGACAACCAUGUUGUGCGGGAAGACGAGAACGGUUCGACGAUCCUCUACAUUGACAGGCACAUUGUCCACGAGGUCACGUCGCCUCAGGCUUUCGAGGGACUGAGCAAGGCGGGGCGGAAGGUCCGCAGGCUGGAUGGGACGUUGGCGACUGUCGACCACAAUGUCCCGACCUCGAGCCGGAAGAACUAUACCGAUUCGGCGAGCUUCAUCAAGGAGGCCGACUCGCGGAUUCAGGUCCUCACGCUCGAGGAGAACGUCAAGAAGUUUGGCGUUCAGUUCUUUGGCAUGACUGACAGGCGGCAAGGAAUCGUUCACGUCAUCGGUCCUGAGCAAGGCUUCACCCUCCCCGGCACGACCAUCGUCUGCGGCGACUCUCACACCUCGACCCACGGCGCUUUCGGCGCUCUCGCAUUCGGCAUCGGGACCUCCGAGGUCGAGCAUGUCCUCGCGACGCAGACCAUCCUGCAGAGCAAGUCGAAGAACAUGCGCGUGCAGAUCGACGGCGAGCUCGCGCCGGGCGUCAACUCGAAGGACGUGAUGCUGCACGUAAUUGGGACGAUUGGCACGGCGGGCGGAAACGGCUCUGUCAUCGAGUUCUGCGGCACGACCGUCGAGGCCAUGUCGAUGGAGGCGCGCAUGUCGAUGGCCAACAUGUCGAUCGAGGCGGGCGCGCGCGCGGGCAUGUUUGCCCCCGACGAGAUUACGUUCGCGUACCUCAAGGGCAAGCCGCUUGCGCCGCAGGGCGCCGAGUGGGACAAGGCGGUCGAGUUCUGGAAGUCGCUCAAGUCGGACGAGGGAGCGCACUACGACAAGGUUGUCAAGAUCAACGCGGCCGACAUCCCUCCUACCGUUACUUGGGGAACCUCGCCCGAGGACACCGUCUCGAUCACGGGUACCGUUCCCGACCCCGCGCAGGCGCCGAACGAGGCUGUCAAGGCCAAGAUCGAGCGUGCGCUCACGUACAUGGGUCUCGAGCCGAACCAGAAGAUCCAGGACAUCAAGGUCACGAACGUCUUUAUCGGUUCGUGCACCAACUCGCGCAUCGAGGACUUGCGCUCUGCCGCGUCUAUCGUCAAGGGCCGCAAGGUCGCCGAGGGCGUCUACGCGAUGGUCGUCCCCGGCUCGGGUCUCGUCAAGCACCAGGCCGAGCAGGAGGGACUCGACCGCGUCUUCUCCGAGGCCGGCUUCGACUGGCGCGAGGCAGGCUGCUCGAUGUGCCUCGGCAUGAACCCGGACAUGCUCUCGCCCGGCCAGCGCUGCGCGUCGACCUCGAACCGCAACUUUGAAGGCCGCCAGGGACCCGGCGGACGAACCCACCUCAUGUCGCCCGCGAUGGCCGCCGCAGCAGCUAUCGCAGGCCACCUCGCCGACGCCCGCAAGUACCAGCCUGACGACCGGACUGGCGCCGCGCCCGUCCCCGCCGUCGAGAUCGCGCCCGAGGAGCAGCAGGUCCCGACGACGCAGCAGACGCCCGACGCGGCGGACGACGGUGUCGCGCAGUCCCUCGGUGCGCCAGAGGUCACUGCCCCUGUCACGACUGCCGCUGCGGGCAUGCCCAAGUUCGAGGUUGUCGAGGGUGCCGCUGCGCCGCUCGAGCGGGCAAACGUCGACACCGACUUGAUCAUCCCCGCGCGCUUCCUCAAAACGAUCAAGCGUACCGGCUUGGGUGUCUCGCUCUUUGCUGCGCUCCGCUACAACGCCGACGGGUCCGAGAAUCCCGACUUCGUCCUCAACAAGCCUGCGUACCGCGACAGCAAGAUCCUCGUCGUCUCGGGCGGCAACUUUGGGUGCGGCUCGUCGCGAGAACACGCGCCGUGGGCCCUCCUUGACUUUGGCAUCCGGGCCGUCAUCGCCUCGUCGUUCGCCGACAUCUUCAACAACAACAUGUACAAGAACGGCUCGCUCCCCGUCGUCCUCCCCGAGGAGCAGAUCGCCACGCUCAUUGAGGACGCCAAGGCGGGCAAGCUUCUCGCCGUCGACUUGCCGAAGCAGGUCGUCCGCCGCCAGAACGGCGACGAGUACCCUUUCGAGGUCGACCAGUUCCGGAAACACUGCCUCGUCAACGGCCUCGACGAGAUCUCGCUCACGCUCCAGCACGAAGACUCGAUCUCGCAGUACGAGAAGAAGCGCAGCGAGCUCUGGCCGUGGCUCGACGGCAAAACGUACAGGGCCGGCAAGAUUGGCGUCGCGGGCGGCGCGAAGACGUCGACCGACUGGUGA